UAUUCUGUAUUUGUUAUUUUUAGAGUUUGUAGAUAAAUAAUAAAAUUAUCCUUAGCUAGUUUAUAAAUUUUAUGGCUAAUAUUGUAAGUUAUAUUUAUAUUUACCAUGUAGAAUUCUUUUUAAUAACUAGAGUUAUUUUUUCCUUUUUUUCUGGAAUGAAAUAUGUGGAUUCCUGCAAAAUUUAAACAAGCUCCACUCCUGAGUUACCCUACCUUCUCUGAGAUCAAGUCUUAAAAAUGUUCUACAGUUUCAUCAAAGGUUUGCACUGUCACAGUUUUCAGACAUAUCAAAAGAGAGCAUCGGAUCUCCAUUUCAGGUGGUGGUGAGCCAGUCCCUGGUUUCUGGCAACUGAACUCAGGACCUCUGGAAGAAGAGUGAGUGCUCUUAACUGGUGACUCAUUUCUCCAGCACUCUUCUUCAUGUUAAACAAGGAACUUUGUUGACUAAUUCAGAAUGUUGUGUGGAGCAUGAAGAACAUUUCUAAAAUGAGACAAAAGAACUCAAAUGAACAAGAAAAUGGAAAGUUUACUUGUCCUGAAGAUUUAAAUGCUAAUCAAUCUGAAACUGAUGAAAUUACUACACUAAAACAAAAGAUUGAUCUUGCCACAAGAAAGCUAAACCAAGUGUUAUUGAACUAUGAGGGGCUUGAAAACAAAUCCCAGUCUCUGCAACAGAACUUCUUAGCUGUGACAGACAUCCAGGAGAAAUGCAAAAUGCCUGAAGAUAGAGAGGAGAAGCUCAAACAGGAAUUAUUAAUCCUUGAAAGUCACAGAUCAAUGAAUAUGAUAGACCGCAGAGAGGCAGAAAUGUUAAAGCAAGAGAUUGAAGAAAAAUCCAGACUGCAACUAGAGGAAAAUUUGGAAAAAAUCUCUGCAAUUUCACAGACAGCUGUCAAAGCUCACGAGCAAUCGGAGCAGAGGAAAGAGAAAGCUUUUACUUUGAAAAUAUUAGACAUGAAAAGCAGACUCAGAGACAUGGAAUCCAGCCUUUGUAGAGCCCAAGAUCAUGAAGAUAUUGAAAGAUUCAAGCUGGGUGUAUACCAGCAGUGCUACCAUGACAAGCUAAAUGUUACAGCAGCACUAUAUGAACAAAUAAACAUUGCUAACAAGAGGAAAGUGAAGCUGCAGGAAGACAUUGCCACAACAGUUGCAGAGGAAGAGCUACUUACACACUCACACACUGGGGCAGUGCACAACCCAAAGGAAACUAGUGUUUCAAGUCUUCAUCACCAUGAUGGAUCUGGAUUGAGUAGAAAUGUUACUCCAAGUUUGGGGACAUCUCAUUGCCAGCAGAGAGGGAGAGCUUUCAGAAAGAAAGGUCAACGUAGGUUACCAAGUGCUAACAAGAGGAAAGUGAAGCUGCAGGAAGACAUUGCUACAAUAGUUGCAGAGGAAGAGCUACUUACACACUCACACACUGGGGCUGUGCACAUCCAAGAGGAAACUAGUGUUUCAGGUCCUCAUCACCAUGAUGGAUUUGGAAUGAGUGGAAAUGUUACUCCAAGUUUGGGGACAUCACAUUGCCAGCAGAGAGGGAGAGCUUUCAGAAAGAAAGGUCAACAUAGGUUACCAAGUGCUAACAAGAGGAAAGUGAAGCUGCAGAGAGCUUUCAGAAAGACAGAAAGACCAACCUAGCUUUCCAAGCAAGCCCCAAAGUACCAACAACUGCUCCAGUUUGCCUGUAGGUGGAUGAAGAAGUUUUAAGAAGAAAUCCAUAUAUUUAAAUGGUAAUGGACAUAAUCAUCAUUAUGUCAAGUACUAGAAAUAGCUCGCUUUUUACCAGGUUUAGUUCCACCUGGGGUCAAGGAGUCCUUUUCUGUGGCUUCCAGUUUAUUUUUCUCACCAGCUCCUUGUCAUGUAUAGUGGUUUUGAUAUACUCAGUCCAAGGAGUGGCACUAUUAGGACCUUUGGCCCUGUGGUGUGGUAUUGCUGGAGGAAGUGUGUCACUGUAGGCAUGGGCUUUGAGACCCUCAUCCCAGCUACCUAAGGAACCAGUCUUCUCCUAGACACCUUCAGAUGAACAUGUAGAGCUCUCAGUUCCUCCAUGCCUGCCUGGAUGCUGCCAUGUUUGAUCCUUAAUGAUAAUGGACUGAACCUCUGAAGUUGUAAGCAAGCUCCAAUUAAAUGUUGCCCUUAUAAGA